AUGCAACAACCGCGUUUGUCGUCCGGCACCGACGCCGACGCCGUCGCCCCCGCCCUCACGGCCCUGCUCUCAUCCUCGGGCGGCCGCUGGACGCUUGCCUCCGACGGCCAGGCCCUGGAGCGGAGCUUCAAGUUUAAGACGUUUGCCAAAACCUGGGACUUCAUGACGGCCGUGUCCCUGCAAUGCAAAAUCAAGAACCACCACCCCGAGUGGUCCAACGUCUACAACACGACGUUUGUCCGCUGGACCACGCACAACCCACAAGGGCUGUCCGAAAAGGAUAUCAGCAUGGCGACCGCCUGCGAUGUCAUCGCCAAGGACUUUGGGGAGCUGGAGCCGGAAGCCCCCAGCGGCCUGGCCAGGGAGCUCGCCGGCAGGAUGACGGCAGCAGCCAGUGACUGCUGCACACCGAAAAAGUGA